AUGUUGUUUGUGGCUGUUGGAAUACAACUUAAAUUUACUUCGGCUGAAGUGGCCAGCGCUCACACUACAAGCCUGAAUGGCGAGGAGGAGGAGGGAGCAAUUGGUGGGGAGGUGAUUCCCUACAAGAAGCUGGUGCAGAGUCUGGAGAAGGCCGUCAAUAGAUUCCAGGAUGGAUCAUGCAGCAACUGUGCCUCUCUCUUGGUGAGUGACUCCAUCGAGCCACCACCCAAGGAAGCCCCUCCAAAGGCCACAGAGGAGGAAGGCAGUGUUGUCAUUCUGGAUGCCAAGCUGUUCUACAAGCAGCAGGAGAAGGAGGUGGCAGAGAAGAUCAAGGAGAGCCUGGCAGUGACUGAGUAUGCCAAGCCAUCCAGUGCAUUGGUGCUGAGUGGUGUGUCCAGCAGUGUGGUGUGUUUGAAAUGCAGCUGUCCUUUACUGUGCUGGAUACAGAGGGUGCACCCACCAGUGACCUGGGCCACAAGAGUGAUCCCUGGCAGGUCACAGCAAGUCUCUUGGGAGGUCCGCCAGGUGCCAUCCUCAUGGGCACCACAACAGUUCCCAACAGGAAUGGCACUGCCAUCUUCACCAACCUGUCUGUCAGCAAGCCCAGGGAAGGCUACAACCUCACUUUCACCAUCACCUACCCCAGCUAUGCUCCAGCCCUCACCACCACCCUGGAGGGGACCUUCAGCUUGACAAAGAUGAGUGCAGCAAUGGUCAAGCAGCAGCCCAGCAUAGUGCAGGCCGGACAACCCACCACCAUCACUGUUCACUUUGUUGACAAGGACUCUGGCUUGGUG